AUGAAUUAUUAUUGUGAGUAUAGAAUAGACCCGGCUAUGAUCAUAUCAAAAAAGCUAUCAAAGAGUGAUCUUGAUGGUAAUGUGAAACUACCGAAAAAACAAGUAAUGUCUGUUCUCAGGAAGAUGAAAGGCGUUACACAAGAGACUUUGCAAAACGGUAUCGAAGUGAAAGUUCUCAACACAGCUGAAGCAGAUCCCAACACUAACUAUAGAGGCGAUGAGUACACAGUUACUCUGAGAUGUAUUGGCAAUAAUAAAUUUUAUUUCGGGGUUGGUUGGGGUACUAUGAAGCAUUCAAUGGAUCUCAACGAAGGCGAAACUCUGAAGCUCUACUGGGAUUACUUAGAAGAAGCAUUCAUUGUUCUUAAUAUUCCAUAUUUAGUUAUAGACGAUGAUGAGAUUUGA